GCUCUCCCCACCUUCUAGCCAAACGUCAAAUCUCCGUGGUGUAUAAUCGUCGUGUUCGUUUGUCAGUACGCGUUGUUUCGUAAGCGGUAUAAACGACUAUUUUGUAGUGAGAUCAACCAAAAUUAGGGCGUGUGUGUUCAGUGAUAUUUAAAAUUAAAUAACACAAGAAAAUGGCGUUCAACACAGAUUUAUCGACGAAACUGGAAAACCGCAGGAAUACUCUCAGGAGAAUCGCAAGGCAUGACGAUGCCGAAUUCUCCAAGCAGAGCAUCCUUAAUGACAUGGAAAAAUUCGUCAAAAUGGUGAACGUCAUGGAUGAGACUGUCCUCAUUCCCAGCCGUCUCAUGAACCUGCCGCAAGAAGGGGACGAUGAUCCAUUCAGCUUGUUCGCUAUGCUAAAUGACCUGAAGACUGAGUUGCUCUGGUCUGCUGGGGACAGUGAGGAGCAUGUAGAGAGAGGAAGGAGAAUCUCUGACAUCAGCGACACGGAGAGCGAUGCUUCAAGCGCAGCGGGAGAUUCGGGUAUCGAAGGAGAAGACGAGCGAGAAUCAGCAGCGAGGGCCGCAGCUGCGUGUCGCCGACACCUAUGCGGGCUACGUCGCUCUCUUCGGCAAUUGACUGCCACCGCGGCGCAUCUCACGAGGUCGUACCAAGAAGAAGUCGGCGCGCCGGUCUAGGACACGCCUCUACCAAAUCCUGUGAUCGAAGCCUGACCCCGCACGUGCUGUACAUAUAGAAUAAGCAGCCCGCUCUGUACAUAUAGUUUAUUAGGGCUGGACGUGAAUGGGAAUCUCAGUAAGUUAAUGUUGUUAUUUAAUAAACUUAAUUUUGAGUAA